AUGGAUCAGUAUAUUAGUCAAUCGAGCGAAACCGACAACUUAUCAUUUAAUUUAAGGAGUCUUUCUUUAAUUUCAAAUGGAAUUUCAAAUUUAAAAGGUCUUUCUGUUUUUUUGAAUGAUAACAAAUUUAAAAAUUUAAGAAAAAUUAACCUAUCUUGCAAUAAAAUUAAUUCAACUUCUACUUUCAAAUUAGAUAUUGAUUCAAAUCUAUUUUUCUCAAUUAACUCUUUUAUUUUCAAUUUUAAUCAAAUUCAGACAAUUGAUCCUGUGUUUUCCAGAUUCAUCAAUUUAAAUUUGUUAAACUUAGCUAAUAAUAAUAUAAAUAAACUUGAAAACUUGAAUAAUUUAAAUAACUUGAAGUUUUUAUAUUUAUUUGAAAACAAUAUUCAAAUAAUUGAAAAUAUGAAUGAUUUGUACACUCUUUUAAUUUUAAACUUAAAUUCAAAUCAAAUAUUUAAGAUAAAAAACUUACAGUCUUUAAAUAAACUUGAAAUCUUAUCAUUAUCAUCAAACAAAAUUCAAAAACUUGAAAAUUUAGAAAAUUUAACUUGUUUGAAAAAAUUGUAUUUAAGUGAUAAUAAUAUUAGUUUUUUUGAAAAUAUUGAAUAUUUAGCCAACCUUGAAGAGCUUGACUUAUCAAAUAAUUUUAUUAGAAAUAUAGAGAUACAAGGUAUGAUGCUUUGA